AUGUCUCGCGUGUGGCAGUGGGUCGGGACUCGGGUGUACGGCGUCACACGGUCGCUCGGCCGCGGGACCACCGCGCGCCGCCGCGAGCGCCGCGCCGUGGCCUCGUUCUCUGGCGAGCCCCAGCACGACCCCUCGCGGCCACUCGCGCCGUUGCAGCAGCUCCGACCCCGCCACUCCGGCUCCCGAGCGCGCGACGAGCACGAGGAAGAGCAUGCGCAUGGGCCAAAAUCAGUUACGCUGCUAGCGAGCAUGCGGAGCCAAAUUUGUUUUUCCCAAAAGGCGGCGGAUUUGAUCCAUGUUGACAGUGCCAUCAAGUCCAUCAAACAGUCGGAACGGUUCGUGAGCGAGGCGGAGCUAAUUCAGCAGCAGGAGCAGAAGAUGCUGGCGGAGGAGCAGAAGAUGAUGGAGCAGGACGCCGGAAGAGACGACGCCGGGAGUGACCAGGCCACCUCACACCUCGACGCGAUGCGUCCGGUCGCCGGGGGCGGCGGCCAGCACGAGGCUGCCAUGCGGGUCAAGGCGAACGAGCAGGCGGCCGCCUUCCUGCAGCAGUCGGGGCAGUGA